AUGGACUUGUGGAAAUGGGAUGAAGCAUCACCCCAGGAAGGGCCCCCAGGGAACAGGCUGUCAAGGCUGGAAGACCCUGAACUCAGCUUCUAUUUCCCUGAAGUGGCACUCCAAGGGGACAUGCUGACAGAGGAGCCUUGCUGGAAAGGUCAAAUUCAGCUGUGGCAGUUCCUCCUGGAGCUGCUUCAAGACGGGGCGCGUAGCAGCUGCAUCCGCUGGACGGGCAACAGCCUCGAAUUUCAGUUGUGUGACCCCAAAGAGGUGGCGCGGCUGUGGGGCGAGCGCAAGAGGAAACCUGGCAUGAAUUACGAGAAGUUGAGCCGAGGCCUGCGCUACUACUACCGCCGCGAUAUCGUGCGCAAAAGCGGUAGGAGCAAGUACACCUACUGCUUCGGGGGCCGGGUGCCCGGCCUAGCUUAUCCAGACCGCUCCGGGGGCGGACAGGGCGCAGCAACCCAAUAAACAUAUCCGGUCAAACCUCCUUCGUGUGCUGCCUGCAUCCAUCCCAACGACCCUUAGACCUUCUGGGGAGCCUGCGUGCACCCCCAUGCAACACUCCACACCUCCCCCGCCCGCCACCCACCGCCUGUG